GAAAUUACUUUUCAGCAUUUAAAUAUACUUCCUUAAUAAUACUGGUUUAGUGCCAGUCUCUUAUGUGGCAUUUAUAUUGUCUGAAUUGCUAAGGGCUCACUUCCUAUAAGGAAAAAUCUGAAUUAACUCCCCAGUAAUGGGUUUGGACAUGAAAUGAUGGGCUGGUGGUGUCUGAGGUACCUGCAGACAGGGAUGAAUGAGGCUUUGUUUAUAUUUUUUCUUGUCUUCAAUUAUUGCAAUGUUUUCCAGGAAAAAAAAAAAUGUUAGCUCUCCUGAGCAGUAGCAGACUUGUAAAACCAAACUCCUCUGUGUUAUCAGCAGUAUCCUUUGUCCUAAAGCAAACCUGAUGUUUGGAUCUGAUUAAGUUUGUUUAAAUACAAGUUAAUUAAGGAGAGCAAGAAUUUAUUUUUCAGAGUACUCUUGUGAUACAGGGAACAGGUAGAGCUCAGAAAGGAUUUUCCUUGGGAUACAUCAGUGUAGGCCAUCUGGUGAGGAGAACCAUAGCAAUUCAGGUCUUACUGGAUUAAACCUGUAUAUAGGCAGUGCUCAGCAGAGAAAAUGGUGGGGACCAUGUAGGGUGGGGAGAUGUCCCAGGGCCAUGAGACCUCAGGGCCCCAGAGGAGAGAAGGACUAGCAGAAAGAAAUGCUGCUUACAUCAAGAGGCAUCACAAGAUCUCCUGUGUGUGCACAUAGUGGCUGUGGAGGAGAUGUGAAUUCCAUGGUGUCUUCCAAUAUCUUUGAGAGUGCUUGUGGGCCAGGGUACACUCACUAAAUAAUAGUGCUGAAGAGAGGAUGUGUAUUACAAUUGGUUUUGGUCUGUGCUCCAGGAGUGCAAGAGAGGGAGAGAAAACCUCUUUGCUUUAUCCUCUGAUCAAAGCAUCAGAUAUAAUAAGGGUGCAAACUAAGGAACUUAGAAUCUGUCUUGAUAUAAAAGACUCCCAUGAACAAUUUAUGAAGAAGGUUUGAGCUGAUAUUUUUGCUUUAGGGAUAAACAAUCAAAUUGACAUUUCCAUGGGUGGUAACCACAUGGUUACAGAUGAUGGGUGGAUUUCCAUCUGACUUCUCCAGUCAAUUUCAAUAAUCAGGCCUAAUAUUUCCUCCAAGGCUAUUAGUAGUUUAAAGCUGUUUAAAGUAGUUUCUUAAGAGUAGAGUAUGCUUUAAGGGAAGGCAGUUCUGCUGCUCCUUCAGCAGAAAUAAAGCUCACAUUUUGCUAACCCAGAGACAGUGGCAGUACAGAUCUGCUUUCCUAGAGCCUAUCCACAAAUAGAAGUUUUUAUCUAAAGUUUCUAAUUUUAAUUUUUCCUCAUUCAGCUCAUUCAGAAGAUGGCACUCCAACAUCUGAGGAAGAGCAUAUGUACACAGAGCUAAGCAGCCAACUAGCUUUAAAUGCAUAAUUCCUCAUUCAAUUUCUUAAUUCCUCAUUAGCUUGCGUGUGCAAACUCAGAGCCUAAUCCAAGUCCCACUGGUGUCAGUGAGAAUGGGUUUUACCUCUCAGAUUUAACCUAAAAAUCAGACAUGUAUUCCAAAUGCAACUGUGGAGGAGCCACUUGUAGUGAAAAUAGAGAAAGAUCAGCAUUUCCAGGAUAUGAUUCAUAGCGUCUUCCUUAAAGGCUUGUCUUGAGAGGGGACAAGUGUAUUUCUGGCAGCUGCUAUCUUUUUCCCCUGCUUGUAAAAGGAGCCUGUACAACCAACCAAGAAGCCUUCUCACUCUGAUAAAUGAAGCCAGGGGAAGGAAUCUUUCCAUUUAUUUCAAUGGAAAAGGAUUCAGACUUUCAGUUUUCCUCAUCCUUUAUGCAAACAUAAAUUACAAAUGAGUAAGCAAGGUCCCAGAGGUUAUCCCAACCUGCACAUCAUGGGCUAUUAACUAUGGCUUCAGUUAGCAUUUGGGAUGUAUAGAAAAGAAAUGUAAACUUCUGUAACAAAAUUAAACUUUUUUUUUAAUUAUUGUUCCUUGCAUCACACUGGACUCCCUGACAGGGAGCACAAUUAGAUGGAAAUCUCAAAGCAGUGGCAGAAGCUUUUUGUCUGUCUCCUCUAAAGACACUCACAGUGGGAUAUGUGAAAUGUCAGGAAUAAUUAGACAAAACUAUAUGAGCUCCUAGCAACACUGAUGUGCUAUGUAAAACCAAGCAUUUGCCAUAAAGCUUUAAACAUUGUUGAAAACCUGCAUGAUAAAAGCAACCCAGGUAAUUUUUAAGUACAGUUUCUAAUAUGUUAAUACAGAUAUGGAUAUGAAAAAGCAGAAUAGAAAGCUGUGAAAUGCUGGCAUGCCUUUGCUGAGAAAGGCUGCUCUGCUGCUUUUUUUUCCAAAGGUGAUAUAUAAAAGUAAUUGAUGCCUCUCAUAUAGCAAUUAAAAUGAAAAGGCAAAUUCCCUCAGCUCUUCAUCUGCUAGAGUGUAUUUUAACAAGCAGGAAAAGGACUAGCUCCUGGUAUCGGUAUCACUAAGAUCAUAGGCAUGUUUGUGAAAAGGGACCUCUGGAGGUCCCUUAGUCCAGCCUCCUAAAGUAAAAUCUCCAAAACUGAAGAAGGAAUAACCAUUUCACAUCAGCAGGAGAUCUGGCCCAAUUUGCCCUUUAGAUAAGAAAAAAAUGAACUAUGAAUGCAGAAAAAAGGGGAAAGAAAAGGCAAGAGAAGAGAAGGGAGAACAGACCAACAUUUUAUUUGAGAUGAUAUUAGAAAUGCAAAACUUUUUUACCAAAAGAUGGGAUUAUCCUAAAUUGACUAACAGGUGUGUUUUUAUCUUCUAGGAAAAACAAUGAACAGGAAGAAACCUGGAAGAUUAUUUGCUGCUCUGUCGAAUAUGGGAUUAUAAUUUUUUUUUUUUUUUUUAAUUAUACAUAUAGCAUCUCUUUCAAAUGGAUGACUUCUGAACCUAGAACUCUUCAUUACCAACUUCUCGCAACCUGGAGGGGAAAAUGAAUUUCACAAAUUGCACCACUGAAGCCAGUGUGGCUGCAAAGCCAAAAACAGUAACGGAAAAGAUGCUCAUUACCCUGACCUUGGCCACAAUCACAACCUUGACUAUGCUGCUGAAUUCUGCUGUAAUUGCAGCAAUCUCCACAACCAAGAAGCUCCACCAGCCGGCAAAUUAUCUCAUAUGUUCACUGGCUGUGACGGAUCUCCUUGUUGCUGUUCUCGUCAUGCCCUUGAGCAUCACUUACAUAAUGAUAGACAAAUGGACUUUGGGGUACUUCAUCUGUGAGAUCUGGCUUAGCGUCGACAUGACCUGUUGCACGUGUUCAAUCCUUCAUCUGUGUGUCAUUGCACUGGACAGGUACUGGGCCAUCACAGACGCUAUCGAAUACGCCAGGAAAAGGACGGCGAAAAGGGCUGGGCUGAUGAUAGUCACCGUGUGGACAAUCUCCGUUUUCAUAUCAAUGCCCCCCUUGUUUUGGAGAAAUCACCACAGCAUCAGUAUUCCCAGUGAGUGUCGCAUUCAGCAUGACCAUGUCAUCUACACUAUUUAUUCCACGUUUGGGGCAUUUUACAUUCCCUUGACUUUGAUCCUGAUCCUGUACUACAGAAUUUACCACGCUGCAAAGAGCCUUUACCAAAAGCGGGGUUCAAGCCGCCACCUCAGCAACAGGAGCACCGACAGCCAGAACUCUUUUGCCAGCUGCAAGCUCACACAGACGUUCUGUGUCUCGGACUUCUCCACAUCUGACCCAACCACAGAGUUUGAUAAAAUCAAACCAUCCGUGAGGAUCCCUCCUUUUGAGAACGACUUGGACCUGGCUGGCGACCGGCAGCAAAUCUCCACGACAAGAGAACGAAAAGCUGCUCGCAUCCUGGGGCUGAUUUUAGGUGCUUUCAUUUUGUCCUGGUUGCCCUUUUUCAUCAAAGAACUGCUUGUGGGCCUCCACAUUUGCACUGUCUCUCCAGAAGUAGCAGACUUCUUGACCUGGCUUGGGUAUGUCAACUCGCUCAUCAACCCUUUGCUGUACACGAGCUUUAAUGAGGAUUUCAAGCUGGCCUUUAGAAAGCUCAUCAGGUGUCGAGAACAUACUUAAAAGUGCUGAGAGAUGAUGAUGCUGGCAUGACUCCUGGCCUUAAAAAUGAGCAAAAUCAUUUGGCUCUGCCACCGUUUCCCUUGAUAAAGGGGAUUUUUGUGUUUGCCUAUUUGCUUGACUGUUCUUCAGCCUGUAAUUAUGCCAUUUUUUAAUCUCCAGUGUUAUUCAUGGUAAAGGGUUUGAAAUAAAUUUAUUCUACAAAGGAAACAAUUUUUUAGAAAUGAAACAGCAAAAAAAUACUAUUAGUAUUAGGUACUCAUGUCUAAGACAUUUUGUGUAAUCAAUGAUUCAAGAAGCAAACAAUAUUCACUUUUAUACUUUUUCCAUUUAAGAAUCAAACAUGGAAAUUAUGUACUGUAUAAAAUGAACCCCAUAAAUACAUAUUCAAAAAUUAAUAAACACUUCAUGGUCAUGAGAGCUAAA